ACCGUGACGUCUGGAGGCGCGACGCGUCGCCUCGCAAUGCAAAUCGGGAAAAGGGGAUGAGCUGGGCUGGCUUCCGUCCUGGUAGCCAAGUCUAAUUCUCCCUCGAGUUCUUGGGAGAUGGGCAUUUGGCGAGAAGGCUGGCGUUAGUGAAGUGCGCCCGGCGUCACGGCAACAACAAUACUCAACAUAAAUAUCUGUUCUUGAACUCCUGGGCUCAAGCAGUCCUCCCACCUCGGCCUCCCAGAGUGUUGGGAUUACAGCUGUGAGGCACCACACCCAGUCAGUGCACUGCUUUUUGCAUGGAGAAAGUCUUGCUACUACUGUAAAAAGGAAAGAACUACUUUUAAGGAAAUAUAGCAUCCAUUGUGAAAGUGGAAAAGUAAAGAUAAUUCAUCAUGCCUGCUGUGGCUUCAGUUCCUAAAGAACUCUACCUCAGUUCUUCACUAAAAGACCUCAAUAAGAAGACAGAAGUUAAACCAGAGAAAAUAAGCACUAAGAGUUAUGUGCACAGUGCCCUGAAGAUCUUUAAGACAGCAGAAGAAUGCAGAUUAGAUCGUGAUGAGGAAAGGGCCUAUGUACUAUAUAUGAAAUACGUGACUGUUUAUAAUCUUAUCAAGAAAAGACCUGAUUUCAAGCAACAGCAGGAAUAUUUCCAUUCAAUACUUGGACCUGGAAACAUCAAAAAAGCUGUUGAAGAAGCUGAAAGACUCUCUGAAAGCCUUAAACUAAGAUAUGAAGAAGCUGAAGUCCGGAAAAAACUUGAGGAAAAAGAUAGGCAGGAGGAAGCACAGCGGCUACAACAAAAACGGCAGGAAACAGGAAGAGAGGAUGGUGGCACAUUGGCUAAAGGUUCUUUGGAGAAUGUAUUGGAUUCCAAAGACAAAACCCAAAAGAGCAAUGGUGAAAAGAAUGAAAAAUGUGAGACCAAAGAGAAAGGAGCAAUCACAGCAAAGGAACUAUACACAAUGAUGACGGAUAAAAACAUCAGCUUGAUUAUAAUGGAUGCUCGAAGAAUGCAGGAUUAUCAGGAUUCCUGUAUUUUACAUUCUCUCAGUGUUCCUGAAGAAGCCAUCAGUCCAGGAGUCACUGCUAGUUGGAUUGAAGCACACCUCCCAGAUGAUUCUAAAGACACAUGGAAGAAGAGGGGGAAUGUGGAGUAUGUGGUACUUCUUGACUGGUUUAGUUCUGCCAAAGAUUUACAGAUUGGAACAACUCUCCGGAGUCUGAAAGAUGCACUUUUCAAGUGGGAAAGUAAAACUGUCCUGCGCAAUGAGCCUUUGGUUUUAGAGGGAGGCUAUGAAAACUGGCUCCUUUGUUAUCCCCAGUAUACAACAAAUGCUAAGGUCACUCCACCCCCACAACGCCAGAAUGAAGAGGUGUCUAUCUCAUUGGAUUUUACUUAUCCCUCAUUGGAAGAAUCAAUUCCUUCUAAACCUGCUGCCCAGAUGCCACCUGCAUCUAUAGAAGUAGAUGAAAAUAUAGAAUUGAUAAGUGAUCAAAAUGAGAGAAUGGGACCACUGAAUAUAUCAACUCCAGUUGAACCAGUUGCUGCUAAAUCUGAUGUUUCACCCAUAAUUCAGCCAGUGCCUAGUAUAAAGAAUGUUCCACAGAUUGAUCGUACUAAAAAACCAGCAGUCAAAUUGCCUGAAGAGCAUAGAAUAAAAUCUGAAAGUACAAACCAUGAGCAACAAUCUCCUCAGAAUGGAAAAGUUAUUCCUGAUCGUUCCACCAAGCCAGUAGUUUUUUCUUCAACUCUCAUGUUAACAGAUGAAGAAAAGGCUCGUAUUCAUGCAGAAACUGCUCUUCUAAUGGAAAAAAACAAACAAGAAAAAGAACUUCGGGAAAGGCAGCAAGAGGAACAGAAAGAGAAACUGAGGAAGGAAGAACAAGAACAAAAAGCCAAAAAGAAACAAGAAGCUGAAGAAAAUGAAAUUACAGAGAAGCAACAAAAAGCAAAAGAAGAAAUGGAGAAGAAAGAAAGUGAACAGGCCAAGAAAGAAGAUAAAGAAACCUCAGCAAAGAGGGGCAAAGAAAUAACAGGAGUAAAAAGACAAAGUAAAAGUGAACAUGAAACUUCUGAUGCCAAGAAAUCUGUAGAAGAUAGGGGGAAAAGGUGUCCAACCCCAGAAGUACAGAAAAAGUCAACAGGAGAUGUGCCCCAUACAUCUGCGACAGGGGAUUCAGGUUCAGGCAAGCCAUUUAAGAUUAAAGGACAACCAGAAAGUGGAAUUCUAAGGACAGGAACUUUUAGAGAGGAUACAGACGAUACCGAAAGAAAUAAAGCUCAACGAGAACCUUUGACAAGAGCACGAAGUGAAGAAAUGGGGAGGAUCGUACCAGGACUGCCUUCAGGCUGGGCCAAGUUUCUUGACCCAAUCACUGGAACCUUUCGUUAUUAUCAUUCACCCACCAACACUGUUCAUAUGUACCCACCGGAAAUGGCUCCUUCAUCUGCACCUCCUUCCACCCCUCCAACUCAUAAAGCCAAGCCACAGAUUCCUGCUGAGCGGGAUAGGGAACCUUCCAAACUGAAGCGCUCCUACUCCUCCCCAGAUAUAACCCAGGCUAUUCAAGAGGAAGAGAAGAGGAAGCCAACAGUAACUCCAACGGUUAAUCGGGAAAACAAGCCAACAUGUUAUCCUAAAGCUGAGAUCUCAAGGCUUUCUGCUUCUCAGAUUCGGAACCUCAAUCCUGUUUUUGGAGGUUCUGGACCAGCUCUUACUGGACUUCGUAACUUAGGAAAUACUUGUUAUAUGAACUCAAUAUUGCAGUGCCUAUGUAAUGCUCCACAUUUGGCUGAUUAUUUCAACCGAAACUGUUAUCAGGAUGAUAUUAACAGGUCAAAUUUGUUGGGGCAUAAAGGUGAAGUGGCAGAAGAAUUUGGUAUAAUCAUGAAAGCCCUGUGGACAGGACAGUAUAGAUAUAUCAGUCCAAAAGACUUUAAAAUCACCAUUGGGAAGAUCAAUGACCAGUUUGCAGGAUACAGUCAGCAAGAUUCACAAGAAUUGCUUCUAUUCCUAAUGGAUGGUCUCCAUGAAGAUCUAAAUAAAGCUGAUAAUCGGAAGAGACAUAAAGAAGAAAAUAAUGAUCAUCUCGAUGACUUUAAAGCUGCAGAACAUGCCUGGCAGAAACACAAGCAGCUCAAUGAGUCUAUUAUUGUUGCACUUUUUCAGGGUCAAUUCAAAUCUACAGUACAGUGCCUCACAUGUCACAAAAAGUCUAGGACAUUUGAGGCCUUCAUGUAUUUGUCUCUACCGCUAGCAUCCACAAGUAAAUGUACAUUACAGGAUUGCCUUAGAUUAUUUUCCAAAGAAGAAAAACUCACAGAUAACAACAGAUUUUACUGCAGUCAUUGCAGAGCUCGACGGGAUUCUCUAAAAAAGAUAGAAAUCUGGAAGUUACCACCUGUGCUUUUAGUGCAUCUGAAACGUUUUUCCUAUGAUGGCAGGUGGAAACAAAAAUUACAGACAUCUGUGGACUUCCCGUUAGAAAAUCUUGACUUGUCACAGUAUGUUAUUGGUCCAAAGAACAAUUUGAAGAAAUAUAAUUUGUUUUCUGUUUCAAAUCACUACGGCGGGCUGGAUGGAGGCCACUACACAGCCUAUUGUAAAAAUGCAGCAAGACAACGGUGGUUUAAGUUUGAUGAUCAUGAAGUUUCUGAUAUCUCUGUUUCUUCUGUGAAAUCUUCAGCAGCUUAUAUCCUCUUUUAUACUUCAUUGGGACCACGAGUAACUGAUGUAGCCACAUAAGGAGACAUAGGUUAUAAACUAGUUAUCUUUUAAAAGGCUCAGCAACACAACUCUUGAAAUGCUUAUCAAGAUAAUGGUAGCUAUAGCUGGCCGUUUAGAGGAAUUCCAGGACAGUGGGAGCUGUGUUACUAGCACUAUAUAAUUCCGGUCAGUGCUGACAAAUAACAUUUAACAAGUAUUGCAGUAAGCAUCACUUACAGGUACCAUUUAUUUCAAAACAACUUUUUUAGUCUGCUCCAAAGUUAAAAUAAUUAACUAGCUAAGCGUUAUUAUUCGACUGGUCUAAAAACCAUUGUAUCUUUUUUUUUCCUUUUCACUGUUACGGCCUUUUCACAUUUCUAAAUCCCAUCUUGAUAUACUAUGAAUACUCUAGAAUGAUGUAAAGCAGAUAGGAAUGUACGUGUACAUAUUUAUUGCAUACUUGCACAUCAAAUCGAUGUACAUAGUUUAACACGUGGUCCUUUUGUGAAACCUAGAACUCAGAGGAUUGCUUUUUUUCUUUCCGCCUAUUUUGAGUAACUUCAGUGCUUUCUUAGGGAAAUGACAGGGCAAAGCAAUUUUUCUGUUGGCUUUGGGCUGUAUUUGUGCACUAAAUCUUUAUUCUAAAAAAAAAAUGGAAACUAAUUUUUUUAAAACGAGAAUUUCAUUUACAGCUACAUUAAAAUCUUAAUGAGAAAAAUAA